UGUCAGGGUGUCCUGAAGCACAUGGCACCGGGUGGAUCGUCAUAGAUUUGUGCAGUCCGUGGGAUGGGCGGCAUCCUGUGAUGAUGUGCUUAGGGCACGCUCUGCAGCAGCUCACAUUGCGUUAUCAAAUGUUCUGGGGGUGGUGGGAACUGGCACAGGUCCUCCUCCCUCUGCUUGGUCCCUGUGCUCCAUCCCCCACAUCUUGAGCAAGGGACAGACUCUUGAGAUGUGUCUUCUGCCACGCGAGGAACAGCAUUGCCAGGAUUUCCCUCCGUGCAUGUGAGACAGAUCCAGCCUGUCCUUAGUGAGGGACCCCCUCAUGGCACCACUGUGCCUGAGCCCAGGUGACACCUUUCUUGUCUGCUGUGGGAUCUCCUCUUUGGGCCAUCCCAAUGGGGGCAAGAGACCACCACACGCGCAUAUGUGGCUCCAGGUUUGCCAACAUGCUUAGGGUCAGCUCUGAGAUGUGAUACUCCUGAUGCAAAGCUUUUGCUGGGAGCACAGGGUCAGCACCGCAGCGUGUGGGAAUGGCUGGCCAGGAAACUCCUGGGCGUGUGUCUUUCCUGCUAGAGCCUCUCAACUGAGUCAUCCUGUGAGAUGUUGUGCUGUUUGUGCUGGGCUCCCCGCACCUCCUGUGCCCUGGGUAUAACUGUCCGGCUCCCGGGGCAGGGAACCAGGCCCUUCUUCUAUGGCCAACGUUUGUUUUGCUUUUGGGUUUGGCUUUGCUGCCUGCCAAAAGCUGAGCUGUGUGGUGAUCCUCUUGGGGAAAAGGUCCCGGAGAUAAAAUGAGGGAAAUGUUGCACCCAAAGGAGAGGAUGAAGUGGGUGAAGUUAUAACUCAGAGUGGCUCCAGUAUAAGGUGCUGCGUGUGGAAGAGCAUCUGAGCUGCUGUGCUGGUGUCCUGUUUCAUCUGAGCCUGCUCUGCAUUGAUGAGGUGGGAGAGGGAGGCUCUGGGAGCAGUGCCAGCAGCAAGCCAGGUGUCAGGCUAUCUAGUAAAACACAUCUAGGAAAUGGGGCUUGUGGCAGGCUAUAAUGCAGGCGGGUUUGGCAGAGGAACAAGCAGGCAACCCCUUCCUGACCCUGCUGCCGCUGCAGAGCCGGAGAGCUCAUUGCAGGGGGUGAGGGAGUGUUGGGCAUGGUGCCUCUGAUAGCACAGAACCUCCCAGGGACUGCGGGCAGCCGAGCAGCUGCACGUUCCCUGAUGACUGCUGAGGUUUGCUCUGGGGAUGAUGCUCUGCUGGUUAUGGGAGAGCUGCCCCUGGGUGAGCACGAGCUACCAUAGGAGCCCUGGAGGGAGAUGGGUGAUGGACAAGGCACCGAGGAGCUGUGGGGGUGUUUACAACUCCAAUUCCUGUCCCCUCUUCCUGCUGUGUUUUGUUGCUCCAGGCUAUUGUCACUUUUCACAGGAAGGAAGAAAGAAGUGUUUUGUUUUAAACCCAUUAAUCGGAGAGCAGUCUGGCUCUGCCACUGGCUGUGGUGGGGUGGCAGAUUGCACCUGUGAGGACAAACCUUGAGCUUGUUGUGUUUUCCUUGUGAAAUCGUACCCAGGAGGCUCCUGGUCCUAUUUCCUGCUGACUCUUGGUUGUUUGGGGUUCCCCUCCUGUGUCACUCGUGAUAUAUGGGGAUGCUACAGGGGCUUGAGAGGGAAGAGAAGAAGCUAUAGGCUGCUUGUAGUCCUUUUGCUGAGAGAUGCCUACAUGCCUACAGUUGUGCCUGCAGGAGCCCUGACAAAUAACCAGUGAGCUCCCAGUUUCACCAGUGCCUACCAGUUUCCCUGAACUGGGUCUCAGGCUGUCUCAGAAAACAUAGCCAAGCUGAGAGCCCUACUUUCAGAAACAACCUUGCUGGGGCAUCUGUAUGGGUGCUCGUGGCUUUGCUGGUGCCAGGCCACUGCUAACAGAGGAGGCUGGGCUGCCUUCUGCUCUGCUUGGCUCCGACCCAGCUUCUGGGACAAAGGCUGGAGUGUUUCCACUGCUGAGAGCUUCGUGCGGAUGCCUGGAAAGCCGCAGGCUGCCAGCACCUGCUCUGCAGGAUUGCAGAGCCCACUUGGAGCCUUCCUCCGAAAGGGACAGAUGGAGUGGCAGCAACCCAGGGCUCCUGCUGCCAAAACUUGGAGGCUCAUCUGUCCUCAUGGAGCUUGAAGUCCUGGCUGCUGCUCUGGGUGCUCCUCGUGGUGAGAUGGUGACAUUUGAAGGGGCUUCAGCUGGUCCCUUGGAAAGGCAGGGAAUGGCCUAACCUUUCUCCUGUCCUUCCCUUUUCCAGCUGGCUGUCCUGGAGGACUACGCAGACCCCUUUGAUGCUGCGCAGGUGGCUGGUAGUCAGGCAGGGGUGGAGAAGGUGACAGAGAAUGAUGGGUAUAUGGAACCGUAUGAAGCCCAGAAGAUGAUGGCUGAGAUCCGCCAGAAAGGCUUACGGGAGGCUCCAACCCGGCCACUUCACCUCUACGACACUCCCUAUGAGCCCAUCUCUGGAGGGCUGGAUGUGGAUACUGACCGCCCUGCCUGCCCCAGGCCUAGGGAAUCUCGGUUGCCUGAGGAUGAUGAGCGGCCGCCAGAGGAGUACGACCAGCCCUGGGAGUGGAAGAAGGAGAGGAUCUCCAAAGCCUUUGCAGUUGAAAUCAAGGUCAUUAAAGACCUGCCGUGGCCGCCACCGGUGGGACAGCUCGACAGCGGCGAAACCCCCCCGGACAGUGAGGCCAGUGCCUCUGUCCCCCCGCAGCACGGCCUGCAGAGCUACGAAGACGCCAACGGGCCAUCAGAGGGGCUGGGCUAUGGCCGCACCUCACCCUGCAGGGAGGAGAAGGCCAGGGCUGCCCUCAGACAUGGUACCAGCAGCCUCAAGGGCACCAAGGCAUUGAGCACGGAGCCUGGUCCCUUCAUUGGGGAGAGGAUUGACCCUGCGCUGCCCCUGGAGAGCCAGUGGAGCAGCCAGGGCUUCAUGCACAUGAAACUAUCCCGGACCCAGGAGAACAAGUACGUGCUGGGUCAGCACAGCCCGCCCUUUGACAGCGUGCCAGAGAUCAUUCAUCACUACGCCAGCCGCAAGCUGCCCAUCAAGGGGGCUGAGCACAUGUCCUUGCUUUACCCGGUGGCUAUCCGCACUCUAUAGCUGUCACCAUGCACGAGCCGAGCUCGAAGCUGUGUGGACCUGAAGGUGGCCCAUCUGCAGGGCCAAACGCUGCUGUAGUGGACGGACACCAGAGCAGUGAGCUGGGCACAGAUGGUGUUACUGGGGACUUUGGCAGCUGGACUCCUCAUCAUGCUCUCACCUGGUGUUUCUGUGCGCCAGUGUGCCUGCUGGGAUGGCAACAGGGAGAAGGAACUGAGUGGGAGCAUCCUUUUGCUGCCCUCGUCCCCUUGGGAAGGAAGAAAUGGAACUGGUGCCUCGGAGAGGACAUGAGGGGAGCAAGGUGCAGGAAAGGGGGGAGGAAAUAUCCUGGGAUGUCUCCUGAGGGUACCUGGCUCUGCCCAUGUCCUGCGCAACAGAGAGGACACCCUGUGCCUGCUGGUGAGGAGGCCGGUGCUGUCACAGUGAGGCACAGAGGGGUAGGCUGCUGGGGCUCCCACCCGUGUGGGUGCUUGGCGCUCCUCGCCUUCAUUUGCCAAAUGUACAUAGGAACUGGUCAGAGCUGCGCAUGCAGCACCGCUGCAGAAUAAAGCGAUGGAUGCACGGUCACCUGCUCUGCAGGGACUCUGUACCCUCACCCCAAAAGCUGGGUGGGGAGCUGGCACGACAAAACUCUGCUAAACAGCAGGGAGGGGAUUUUAUUAAGCAAAAUUACUUCAUUUUUCACUCUCGCGUACAGAGACCUGAGUGGUUCAGCACAAUCAUCAGUGACACAGGACAGAAGACAGCUUUCAUGUCCUGAGGGUGUCUUUGAGAUCCUUUAUGGGUGGCAGUAAGCUGGGUUUGCCUGUUAUGCCAGGCUGAGGGAGAUGCUCUUGAGGCUCUUUGGCAUGUUUUGCUUCACCUCUUGUAAACCUUAAGCAAAAUCCUUGAAUUUCACAGGUUUGUUCUCUUCCCCUGGAUGUGUAGUGGCUCUAGUCCUAUUUGUCUUCCGGACACCUUGUCUCUGGGGCAGGUUGUUUCUCUUCUUCCUAUGUCUGAAAUUACAUGCUCCCAGGACAAAGCUGAUCCUGCUCCUUUGCUGGGAUGGUGGAGAUGGUCCGUGAGGACUUUGUGCAAGCUCUGAGAUUUUCUACACUCAAUCCAUAGCUGAGGAAUUGCUGCCUCAAUGGCCUGUCACGGAUUUGGGCUGCUGUGGGGGCACAGGCUGCAUGCUGAAUGAAGCCUGCAGAAGCCGUGGUACUUUGUUCCCCGAUGUUCAGCCUCCACCACUCCUUAAAAGGCUGUGGUUUGAGCUUGUCUCGGGCAUUUAGUGUCUCCUUACAGCAGUGUUUGGCUGCUGGCAGCCCUUGGCUGCCUCUCCCCAGCCCAAAGAGGCACCUUGUCCAGUGGGGAUGGAGCGACUCUGGCUGGAGGGUUUUUCUCCUGGUACUGCUUCUGUGAGUACCAGUGCAUGCAAAAAGGGUUGGAGGUGCUGGAAUGCAUCUGCAGAGAUGCUCUUAGGUGCCCUUGCUGCAUUGAAAAGGCUUUAACAGGCUCUUGCUUUGUCUUGCUACUGCCUUCCUAGUGACUGUCAAGAAAAGCAGAGGCCACUUGAAUCCAUGCAGUCAGGGAAGAAAAGUACAGGAGAGCCUCACCAUGUGUUCUGGGUUGUUUUUCUCCCUUGAGAAAUGAUGGCAAAGAGCAAAGUGGCUGGCAGCUGCCUGCACCAGCGUCCUGACAGUGAAAUCCCACCUAUGUAGCCUGGCUGCAUAUUAGGUGUCUCUGCCAUGCACAGAGCAGCUGGAUCUGGCUUAAAAAUUGGGACAAGGUGUGACUAGGCUGGUGUUUGAUGGACACUCAUGGGCACAUAUCUUCUGGCCCUCCCCUCCUCUCAUUUGCCCUGGGGAUUUUUGACUCUUACUUCAAAAGUCUGAUUGUGGUGGGGGAUUUUGCCUGCAUUGUUCCGCCUGAUGGCCUGCAGGAAGAUGCUCAGGAUGGAGUAAUGCUCAUCUUCCCCAAGCCAGCCUGCUCAGGGGUUGGACCUGAACUUCUCAAAUCAAACAGAUCCAUGCAGGUCCUGCACAUCUAGGGUCUCAUUUAGGGGUUCCCACAGAAAGUAUAUUGCUCUGAGCCUGGCUCUGGGUCUGGAAUACUGUUGCAUCCUCUGAUCCUCAGGGGCUUCCCAGAAAGUGUAGAUGGAUUGAACCUCUCUUCAAACGGUACUUACCCCUGUGUUUGCUCUUCUGUGAGUGAAAUGAGUGUUGUUGGGAAAUAAUAGAAGGGCAGAUGUGUAAGAGGGCUAGUGUAGUGGUGGGAUCCCCAUUCAUGAGUGAGCUCAACUCCAGGGUGGACAAAGACCGGAGCAGCCCAACGUGGCUUUGAGAUUAACCCCACUGAGGGCAUGAAGGUGGUCAAGAGACCUUUCUUUGUAGCAGUUCCCAACCCACUUGUUGUUCCAGCAAUCCCCCACACCCCUCAGCUGCCUCUGUUCUCCAUCCCUCCUCCCGUCAGUGAAACAGCUCUGCCAUUCAUUGCCUGAUCUCUAGUUCCUUGCUAAGCCCUCCAUAAUUGCUAAACUACUUUAGCAUGCUGUAGGCCGUGACAAUGAAGGAAAGAAGUUUGUUUUGUAAUUGGAUUAGUGCUGCUGGGAACGUGAUCUUGCACAGAGGUCAGGUUGGAGCUGCACAGCCCUGGAGCCCCAUGCUGCUCUGCCUGGUUGUGGGCCAGCUUGGGUCUAUGCUUGCUCCUGCACAGGACUUUGCUGGCCAAAAGACACAGCACUGCAGGAGGAAGGCAUCCCAGAGGGGUGAAGGGCUGAUUCAGGGCUGAAUUUGAGCCUGCCUUCCUUGGAAAUGGGAAUGUUUGCUGAAACUCUGUUAGCAUCUGCAGUGUCCCUUGCCUGCUAGGAAUGAAGUGGUUUGGUUAGGGUCACGCUUGAUGUGGGCUUCAUCACCUUUCCAAGCAUGAGCCCUCAGGGCUCCUGAACACCAAUAGCUGAUCCUUGUGGGUUUGGGUAAAACCCAUGUAGGCAGUUGUCCAUCAUUGAUGCCCCCUCCCUGCCCCACUGGCCUGCAGAAGUCCUGUUAAACCUAAGCCUGGUGAUUAGAUUAAACCCCAGCCCUACCAGUGAUGCCUGAGUUGCUUGGAUGUUUCUGAGAACAGUGCCCUGAGUCCUGUCUCCAGCCACAGCAAUCUCCAGUGAUGUAGGAGAAGGAUCAAACAAAACCUCAGCUGCCAAAGUUUAUAGCAAAGUGGAGAAAUUUGUUCCCGACCCCUGCAGGCUACCAGCAAAACGUGCAGUGUAGCACAUGUGUUGUGCACACAUAGCACGCACAUAGUGUGGCUGAAUACCUCCUUUCAAAUCUCGUGGAGACCAGCGUGUUUGACGCAAGGGGCAGCUUCAGCUCCUGAUUCAGAGACCACCCUUGCUCAUUUCCUUUGGUAUACUUCCCCAGCAUCAUCUCGAAGCAGUUUCUUGCUCCUGGUGCCCUCUUUGAAGACCAUCCCAAAACAUCUGUGCUCAUAUGCUUCCACCUAAUUUUCAGUCUACACUUGUGAUGAAAUCUCUCAUUUGCACAGUUUUGGAGGGCUGUCUUUAAAGCAGCAUGCUUGGGCAGAUCUUUUGGGUGAGAUCUUCCCAGUGCCUUGCUAUUGAUGCAGCUCUGUCCCUUUUGAAAACAGCCUCACUCUCAUCCCUGAACUGUUUGCUGUUGGUAUUCAUGGGGUCACUCCAUACUAGAGGUGGAGAGAAAGUCCUAGAAAUACCUCUUUGCUCUUUGCUCAGAGACACCCUUGUUAAUACAAACUAUCAUUUACUUGAUUAGCUGGUUCCUCCACUGUAACCAUACUCACCACUCCCAUCAUUGGAAAUUGGUUCCUGUUUCUUCAACCAGCCUAAAUGUGCUGCAUAAUCUUGUCUAAGAAGUUACUUAUGAGAGAAGAUCAUUAAAUUAAACUGACAGAAUGUAUCUGUGAUAAA